AUGGAGGCGCCGUCGUCGUCGGACCAGUACCGCAGCUCCUCGUCCUCCGCGGGCAGCCCCUCCGCCGCCGCGGCUGCCGGGCGCAGGUACUACUUCCCCAGGCCUGGCCGGCCAAUCUCCUUCGAGGACUCCCCGGACUGGGGGGACGACAUCACCGCCGCCGGUCCCCACACCCUCACCUCCGCCUCCCUCGCCAGCAGCUCCUACCCGUCACCAUCCCCCUCCCUCCCCGAGCCUCCCGCCCCCGCCUUCAGGGAGAGGAAGGUGGCCGGCGCCGCCCUCGUCUGGAAGGAGCUUACCGUCUCCGUCCGGGAUGGCGGGCGCCGCUACUGCUCCGGCCGCGUCGUGAAGGGCUCAAGCGGCUACGCGCUGCCCGGGACGCUCACCGUCGUCAUGGGCCCCGCCCGCUCCGGCAAAUCUACCCUCCUCAGAGCCAUCGCAGGGAGGCUACGCGGCGCCGAGCGGAUGUAUGGUGAGGUUUUCAUCAAUGGCGUCAAGUCACCCUUACCAUAUGGAUCAUACGGGUAUGUCGAUCGGGAUGAUGUGCUAAUCGAGUCUCUCACAGUACGGGAGAUGUUGUACUACUCGGCGCUCUUGCAGCUUCCUGACGUCUUCUCUUCGAAGAAGGCCGCCGUGGACGACGCAAUUGCGGCCAUGUCGCUGGGUGACUACGCUGACAAACUCAUUGGUGGGCAUUGCUUUGCGAAGAGGCUUCCGACUGGUGAGAGGCGGCGGGUCAGCAUUGCGAGAGAGCUUGUGAUGAGGCCGCAUGUUUUGUUUAUCGACGAGCCUCUGUAUCACCUUGACAGUGUUUCUGCACUCCUCUUGAUGGUAACGCUGAAGAAACUUGCAAGCACAGGGUGCACUGUCAUCUUCACAAUGUAUCAAAGCAGCACCGAAGUUUUUGGACUUUUCGAUCGGAUUUGCUUGCUUUCAAACGGGAAUACCCUCUUUUUUGGCGAAACACUGGCUUGCCUGCAGCACUUCUCAAACGCUGGGUUUCCAUGUCCAAUCAUGCAAAGUCCAACCGACCACUUCUUGCGGGCAAUCAAUACCGACUUCGACAGAAUCAUAGCCAUGUGCAAAAAUCUGCAGGAUGAUCAAGGGGAUUUCUCAUCAGUGAGCAUGGAUACUGCUGUGGCAAUCCGGACACUAGAAGCAACUUACAAAUCAUCGGCUGAAUCUGCGUCUGUUGAAUCAAUGAUUGCGAAAUUGACUGAGAAGGAAGGUCAUUACUUGAAAGCUAAAGGCAGAGCUAGUGAUGCAGCAAGAGUUGGGAUUCUCACUUGGAGAUCAUUGAUAAUCAUGUCAAGAGACUGGAAGUACUUCUGGAGCAGACUUGUCUUGUAUAUGCUUCUUGCCCUGUCAAUCGGCACAAUGUUUAUCAACAUUGGCCAUUCAUUGUCAUCUGUAGUGGUUCGGGUUUCUUCAAUUUUUGUGUUUGUUUCGUUUGUCAUCCUUCUAAGUGUUUGUGGAGUACCUGCUCAUAUCGAUGAAGUCAAGAUAUAUUCCCAUGAGGAUGCAAAUCAGCAUUCUGGGACAUCGGUUUUCCUACUAGGCCACUUCCUAUCGAGCAUCCCUUUCCUAUUUCUGCUGUCCAUCUCGUCCUCGUUGGUUUUCUACUUUCUGAUAGGCCUCAGGAAUGAGUUCAACUUCCUAAUGUACUUCAUAAUCACCAUCUUCAUGUGCCUGCUGGCGAAUGAAGCGCUUAUGAUGAUUGUCGCGUACAUCUGGCUUGAAACUUAUAAGUGCACCUUAACCCUCAUUUGCUUAUAUGUUAUCAUGAUGCUGGUGGCUGGAUAUUUCCGGAUCCGAGAAGCAAUACCUUCUCCCGUGUGGAACUACCCGCUGUCCUACAUGUCGCUCCACACUUAUGCUGUCCAGGGCUUGGUCGAGAACGAGUAUGUCGGUACGUCGUUCGCGGUCGGCGCAACAAGGACGAUCCCUGGAGUGCAGGCCGUCCGAGGCUCGUAUGACAUCUCGUCGUCGACAGGCGCCAAGUGGGUGAACCUCCUCGUUCUGCUCCUGAUGGCGGUCGGGUACCGCGUCGUCCUGUACGUCUUGCUCCGUCUAGAUGUAAGGAGACAUGUGAGGCUUGGCAGAGUGAGUUGGCCUACCAUCCAUACUGGUGCAGCUCCAAAAUGAGCC